CUGGGCGCACUGGUUCUGUGCUUCGCUCGCUGUUGGCUCCAGGGCUUCGCAGUGAGGGACGCAGGCCUUGAGGGGAGGGAGGACGGAAAGGGUGCGCUGCCCGGCGGUGGGUGCAGUGUGGAGGAGCCCGGCCUCUCUUUCAGCCUGUUGCAGAGUCGCGGUUCUUUGUCGUGGAGGCGGCUCUGAGCGUCUUGGGGACUCAGAGGACGCCGGCACUCAAUCCCCUGCUUUCCGGAGAAAGCACAGUAAUUCCCUACACCUGUGACUUCAAGAACGCAGUGGUUUAACCGGGGAUAUAAAAAUAGAAAGGAAAGCCUUUGAAAGACGAAAUACUAAAGGAAACUGUGAAGCACAGAACCCAGUUGUAGCAAGCAUUUUGCUAAGCUGUUUCAGCCUAGAAUGGCUAUGGAAUCCAAAGCACUUUCAACCCUGGUAACUCAGGAUCCUCAGGAACAAGAACUAAUAGUAGUGAAAGUAGAAGAGGGCCUUUCCUGGGGUCAGAAAUCUAAACAGGAUGGGAGUGCCCAGUCCUGCCAAGAAAUGUUUCGCCAGCAGUUCAGAAAGUUUUGCUACAAGGAGACACCUGGGCCUCGGGAGGCUCUGGGCCGACUUCACGAGCUUUGCUAUCAGUGGCUGAUGCCAGAGUUGCACACAAAGGAGCAGAUCCUGGAGCUGCUGGUGUUGGAACAGUUCCUGAGCAUCCUGCCUGAGGAGCUGCAGGUCUGGGUUCAGCAACAGAGUCCAAAAAGCGGCGAGGAAGCUGUGACCCUGUUGGAGGAUUUGGAGAGAGAGUUUGAUGAUCCAGGGCAACAGGUUCCAGCUAGUCUUCAGGGUCCAGCAGUGCCGUGGAAGGAUUUGACAUCUCUUGGAGCGUCCCAGGAGUCAACAAACGUCCAACUCCAGCCUUUAAAGACACAACUGAAAUCCUGGGAACCUUGCCUGUCCCUCAAAAGUGAUUGUAAGAACAAUGAGUCAACAACAAAGGAGGAAGUUUUGGGAGAAAAAUCACAAGGACUCGCCCAGGAACCUUCAUUUCGAGAAGUUAGUGAAUGUGAAAACCAUUUAGAGUGGCAGCAAGGAAGUGCUACAGGGGCGAAAUUAAGGAGGUUCUCUUCUCAAGGAGACAGUUUUAGUCAAGUGAUCUUCACACAUGAAUCUCUAGGAAAGAGAGACCAGCAUGGUAAUCCUCAAAGUAGCUUGAUUCUAAGUACAAACACUUUAUCAUAUCAGAAAGUUCAUAUAGAAGAGAGACCUUAUAGAUGUGAUGUAUGUGGGCACAGCUUCACACAGCAUUCCUCUCUAACGCAGCAUCAAAGAAUCCAUACUGGAGAAAAGCCUUACAAGUGUAACCAGUGUGGGAAGGCCUUUAGUUUGAAGUCAUACCUUAUUAUUCAUCAGAGGAUUCAUAGUGGAGAGAGAGCAUACAAAUGCAGUGAAUGUGGGAAAGCCUUUAAUCAGAGAUCAGCCCUUAUUAGACAUCAGAAAAUUCAUACUGGUGAGAAACCUUGUAAAUGUAAUGAAUGUGGCAAAGCAUUCAGUCAGAGUUCAUAUCUAAUUAUGCAUCAGCGAAUUCAUACAGGAGAGAGACCUUAUGAAUGUAACGAAUGUGGAAAAGCUUUCAGGCAGAGCUCAGACUUGAUUACCCAUCAGAGGAUACACAGUGGAGAGAAACCCUAUGAAUGUAGUGAAUGUGGAAAAGCCUUCAGUUUCAGCUCAAACCUCAUCAGACAUCAGAGAAUUCACAGUGGAGAGGAACCUUAUCGGUGUAAUGAAUGUGGCAAAGCCUUCAAAAGGAGCUCAGCCCUUACUCAGCAUCAGAGAAUCCACUCUGGGGAUGAAAAACCCUAUGAAUGUGAUAAGUGUGGAAAGGCCUUUAGUGUAAGCUCAGCCUUGGUUCUGCAUCAGAGAAUUCAUACUGGGGAGAAACCCUAUACUUGUAAUUGGUGUAUUAAAAGUUUCAGUCGGAGCUCAGACCUUAUUAAACAUGAAAGAGUCCACACUGGUGAAAAACCUUAUAAAUGUGAUGAAUGUGGUAAAGCCUUCAGUCAGAGCUCAGAUCUUAUUAUACAUCAGAGAAUCCAUACAGGAGAAAAACCCUAUCAAUGUAAUCAUUGUAGUAAAAGUUUUAGCCAGCGCUCAGACCUGGUUAAACACCAGAGAAUCCAUACUGGAGAGAAGCCUUAUACAUGUAAUCAAUGCAAUAAACAUUUUAGUCAGAGUUCUGAUGUUAUAAAACAUCAAAGAAUACACACUGGUGAAAAACCGUAUAAAUGUGAUGUGUGUGGAAAAGCCUUCAGUCAGAGUUCAGAUCUUAUUUUACAUCAGAGAAUCCACACUGGAGAGAAACCAUAUCCAUGUAAUCAGUGUAGUAAAAGUUUUAGUCAGAACUCAGACCUUAUAAAACAUCGAAGAAUCCACACUGGAGAGAAACCCUAUAAAUGCAGUGAAUGUGGAAAAGCUUUUAAUCAGAGCUCAGUUCUUAUUCUCCAUCAAAGAAUUCACACUGGAGAGAAACCAUAUCCGUGUAAUCAAUGUAGCAAAACCUUCAGUAGGCUUUCAGAUCUUAUUAAUCAUCAACGAAUUCACACUGGAGAGAAACCUUACCCGUGUAAUCAGUGCAGUAAAAUGUUUAGUCGAAGAUCAGAUCUUGUUAAACAUCAUAGAAUUCAUACAGGUGAGAAACCCUAUGAAUGUGAUGAAUGUGGGAAAAACUUUAGUCAGAGCUCAAACCUUGUUCUACACCAGAGAAUCCACACUGGAGAGAAACCCUAUCCAUGUAGUGAUUGUACUAAAAGUUUUAGUCGUCGUUCAGACCUUGUUAAACAUCAAAGAAUACACACUGGAGAGAAACCUUAUACAUGUAAUCAGUGCGAUAAAAGUUUUAGCCAAAGCUCAGACCUCACUAAACAUCAGAGAGUACACUCUGGGGAAAAGCCCUAUCAUUGUGAUAGUUGUGAGAAAGCCUUCAGUCAGAGUUCUGACCUUAUUCUUCAUCAGAGAAUUCACACUGGAGAAAAACCAUAUCCAUGCACCCAGUGCAGCAAAAGCUUCCGUCAGAACUCAGACGUUAUCAAACAUCAGAGAAUCCACACUGGUGAAAAACCAUAUAAGUGUAAUGAGUGUGGGAAGGCUUUCAGUCAGUGCUCAGCUCUUAUCCUACAUCAGAGAAUCCACACUGGUGAGAAACCAUACACUGAUCAGUGUGGCGAAAGCUUUAGUCGACGUUCUGAUCUUGUUAACCAUCAAAGACUCCACACCAGUGAGAAGCCAUAUAAAUGUGAUGAUUGUGAAAAAACCUUCAGCAGUUGUAUGGAUCUUGUUGAACACCAGAGAAUCCACCCUGGAGAGACACUUUACCAGUGUGUUCAUUGCGGCAGAAGUUUUAGCCAACUCUCUGAUCUUAUUAAUCAUUAGAAAGUCCAUUCUGGAGAAGGCAAUAUAGAUGUGAUAAGCAUGGGAAAACCUUUAAUGUAUACACCAAUUUUAUUUAGCAUCAGAGACACCAUACCAGGAAAAAAAACCGCUAUGAAUGAUAUUGAUGGUUAUGAAAAAGGCUUUAAUCAAUUCUCAACUCUUGUAUUACACUAAAACACACACUGGGGAGAAAAGAGUAAUUUUCAGGAUGAAAGUCUAAUUCAGAGUGCAGACAGCAUUACUAAAGGAAAAUUCUGAAGAGGAGACUGCAGAUUGUGGGGGAACCUUCCAUGUAAAUAAAAAUUUUACACAAUGUCAAUAACAAUGGAAAAAAUUCCUAUCUUUGUUAUAAUUAUUAUGUAAGAAAAGUUCUAGUCUUUCACUGAAACAAAUUGACAAUAGGAAAAUUUUAUCGUAAGAAAUGUGUUUAACAGUAUUAAUGUAGAACCUUAUCAGAUACUAGAAAAAUCAGUGUGGGGAGGUGUUCAGUCAGAACUCAAUAGGAACUGUAUUAGUGCUAUAUACUCUCAAACCUUUAGUGAACCCAACUUAAUUAUUGUGUAUCAGAGAAGUUAUAUUAGAGAAUGUAGGGAGAACUUAUAUUCCCUCCAUACCUUAAUUGGUUUUCAUUCUGAUAUCACAUUUAUCCUCUGAUAGCUGGGGAGUCUUACCUUAUGCUAAUGCUAGUUAUCUGUCUUUAAAUUUACUGUGUGUAAACAUGCUGUGCUAUUCUGGCAUUGAACUAGGAGUCAGGUAGCCAGAAGCAUGAGGAAUAGAAACUUUUUACUGCAUAUAUUCUCAUAAGGCUUGACUUUUUAAAAUUAUCUGUAUAUAUUAUCCAUUUAAAAAAAUAACCAAAGUAAAUAAAAUUGUUGAACUAAGGACUAAAAACCCAAAACCAAA